AUGUCCUCCAGUCUUCCACUACUCCUGUUGGCCCUGUGCAGUCUGACUGUGGCUGAAGCCCAGCUGAAGGUGUUUAAACUUCGGGCUACCAAUCUUCCCUCUGACUUGUUGGGAAUCACAGAUGGCUAUGUCAAGGUGUUCAGUGGCUCAGCCACUCUGGGUCAGACAUCCAUCCGUAACAACAACGCAAACCCCUGGUGGGAGGAGGAGUUCACCUACUUUAAGGCCCAGCAGAAUGAUGUACUGAGGCUUGAGGUUUAUGACAGUGACGUCAUCUUCGAUGACCAGCUGGGAAUCUGCCAGAGACAAAUCAAGGUGGGAAGCCACGAGCAUGACUGCUACCUGAAGAAAGGCGGGACCCUUCAUUACGCCUAUACCCUUGGUGGAAACAUUCAAUAGGCCUUUAAAGGCAGCCUGUAUUAC